AUGCAAGGUGCUAAAAAUAAAUUUGUACAGUUCAUUGGCAUAGCAUCAAUUUUUUUGAUCUUCCAACUAAUUACUCGUCACUUAAAUCCACUAGAAGCAAGAUCAAUAUCAGGUUAUAGAUCUUAUAAUGAAGAUUUAACUAAGGACAAUUACAAUACCGAUUUUAACUUAAAAAAUAAUCAAAGGAAGUCAUCGAUAGUGAGAGUUAAUAAUCCAGAUGCAAGUCUUUCAAUUCCCUUUCUUGAUAAAAUCAAUAAUUACUGGCAUAUAGCUGGUAAUACAGAAAUUAGAAAUGCAAACUACAUACGGUUGUCGAACAACGAUAUUCCUAACUCAUACGGUUCGAUAAUGUCAAAUAGUAUUGGGGAUAAUAAGAUUAACGAUUUUGAAACAAUAUUAAGCUUUAGAUUGAAAUCAACUAAUAACGUUAAUAGUAAGAAACAUAAUUAUAAAUCGAAAAGAGCUGAAAAUAACUAUAAUGAAGGGUUAGUAUUUAUGAUAUCACCAGAAAAUGGGUUUAUUAAGGCAAAUUUACACUCUUCAUACUCCAAAAAACAAUACGAAUUAAAUACUAACGGUAUCAUAUCAAAUAAUCACGAGUUAAUGGGAUUUCCUAGCAAUUUACCAGGUCUGGCAUUGGUUAUAGAUAUGCAUUCUGAUCAAGCAUCCGAUGAAAAAUAUGCAGCACCAUUUUUUGAUGCAUUCGUCCUAACUAAUCCUUCUCAUCAUAAAUAUGAUUUAGAGCACGAUGGUGACAGUGAUAACAUUGUAUGGCUUAAUAAAAAUACACAGAAACAUAUCAAAUUGAAAAACUCGAUAAUGGAUGGAACAUUAGUGGAGUUAAGAUUAAUAUAUUUAGAAAGUAUCAGCUUUUUAAAAGUUGAUAUCAGAUAUCCAAACGAAGGCAAAUUUUGGAUAGAAUUAUUCCAAACCAAUCAUCCAAUAUAUUUACCUAAGAAUCCAAAGACUCAAGAAAGAUACAUUGGUGUCAGCGCUCUAACGAAAAAUAAACCAUCCUCCAAUAUCGAAAUCUUGAAUAUAGAAACAAAUGAAUUCCAUUAUAGAGAUGAUUUGAAUAAACAAGAAUCAGACGAAGAAACAUCUUUCGACUUUGCAAAAGAGAUUCAAUUAUUUUUGAGCCAAGAAUUUGGUGAAAGAAUUGAAAUAGAGAAAGAUGAUUUUAUAAAAUUGCAAAUGCGAAAGUCUCAACCAUAUCUAAAUGCCCAUGACAAGGAAAACAAGAUGAAAAAUACUUACCAUAAUUCAAAUAACACAAAUGAAUCAGGGAUGAUUAAAGCUUCUAUAAUAUUAAUUCUUAAAAUCGCAUUCUUUACCAUUAUGAUCAUUGCAUUAUAUUUCAUUUCUGUUUAUGCCAGAGUUAUUUUAAAGCAUAGAAAAAAGAUAUAUGGAAAUCAUGGUACUGGUUUACCACUAUAUAAAUAA